AAAAGUUGCCCCGCUACGUCAGUCGGGAUGGAAUAUAAAUAGGCGAGGCUCCCCAGCAGCUGACAGUGAAGUUUCCUCCACCGACUCGACACAAUGAACGCUAAGAUCUUCCUCCUGCUGAGUGUGGUGGCUGUGGCUGCUGCUGACAGGCGCCCCUCUUUCUCUUACUCCGCUCCUCGGCACUCAUCUGAGGAGAGCGGUCCUGCUAAGUACAACUUCCAGUGGGCCGUCAACGACGCCCCCUCAGGCAACGACUUCGGUCACCAGGAGAACCGUGACAACGACAACACCCAGGGGUCGUACACCGUGCAACUUCCCGACGGUCGUCUUCAGACCGUGAAAUACUACGUGGACGGGGACUCAGGCUACAUUGCUGAUGUCAGCUACCAGGGUGAGGCUCGCUACCCCGACUCUGAUGAAGUCAGGUCCUACACCCCACCCAGACCCAAGUACGGAUAAGAUCCCGAUUCGGUCUCCUUCAUAAGGCUUCGUGUCUCCUCCAGUUCCAAACCAGAUGACCUGAACUUGACAAUACUUGUUACAAGAAGUAGUUUAAGGAUUAUUUAUGUAUAUAAUCAAUAAAAAAUAGUCAUACUA